AUGGGUCUGUCGGGUAUGAACCUUGAAGGUACAACGAAAACGGUCCGCAACAGGGAAGUCACAGACAUUAGGCAUAUCACCAUCCCAGACCCGAAACAACCGCAUACACGGGUAAAACAACGCAAAGAUUUGGUGGUGAGGUUUUUACACGUGAUGGUAGCAAAAACUGUAGUUGUUGCGACCAAAUAUUUUAGACAUAAGGUACUGCAAUAUCAAAACAUCAUAGAUCCCGAAGGUGUUCAGGCCAGACUGUCAAACAGGCUUUCAAGCAGAGAAUACUUUAACAGAGGUCCGAAUUUUCUCAUUCACAUUGACGGUUACGACAAGAUAAAGAAGUAUGGGUUUGGAAUCCACGGAGCCAUUUGUGGCUUUUCGAGACGGAUUCUUUGGCUGAAAGUUGCACAUUCCAAUAAUAAUCCGAAUAUCAUUGCUGCCUAUUUUCUAGAGUUCGUAAAAGAAAUAAGAGGGGUUCCACGGUGUAUCAGGAUGGAUGCGGGUACGGAAAAUGUUGUUGUGGAGGAUAUGCAAAAAGCAUUCAGAUGGUAUCACGGUGACGAUAUGGCUGGUGAACGAAGUGUUAUCGUUGGUAGCUCGCAUACAAACCAGAGGAUAGAGUGUUGGUGGCGACAGUUACAUUAAAGAUGCAUAGCGGCAUGGAAAGAUAAAUUUUGUCAAAUGGAAGAGCAAGGGAUUUUCUCAACAGCAGACGGUAUUCAUGUAAGUUGCAUCAGAUUCUGUUUGAUGCAACUUAUUCAGCAUGAAUUGGACUUAAUACUGGCAGAUUGGAAUACACAUUAUAUAAGGAGGCAGACACGGGAAGGAACACCUUGUGGAAAGCCAAACAUUUUAUAUUUGUAUCCAGAAUUAUAUGGAACUUAUGACUACAAAUUCCCAGUUGAUGAGGCAGACUGCGAGUGCCUGGGUGAUAACUGCGACGUUCCAUCUAGCACUGGAAUAGACAAAGAACUAGAAGGAAGAUUUCUUCAAAUGAUGGAACUGGAUGGAAUGCGUAUGCCGGAUACAUCAGCUGAAGCCAUCGACUUGCUUACCUGGCUAAUAAGCAAGCUUGACUAACUGCUUGAGCAGAAAUGACAUUCCAUUAAAGGCAUUCGUUCUAAAGAUUUACUGAGCGUGGGGCAGUUUCGUCGGUCUUGUCCUUUACUUAAAAG